CACUUCCGGUUCCGACCUGCGCCAUUUUGAUGAAACGGCGAGGAGAGAACCAGUUCGCAUCAUCGAAAUGGAUUUUAUGGAUUUAAAUUGAAGAUUAACGCGGAUAUUCAACUUUCGACUUCACGUGAUGGGACACGACUGUUGAACGAAGAGGAACCGUUGCGUCCCGACGACCUAACUGCUGCGUCGGUGACGUCAUUCGACAGCGAAAUUUAGGCAACAUUGUUAGCACGGCGCCGUUAAACAGUUAACGUUAGCUUACGAGAGUUUCAUGUUGUGUGGAGUAACGUUAGCUAAUAUCGAGGUGUAGCAUGCUCUCCUUGGCGUUAGCUAACUAGCUAAUUUUCCAUUCAUAUAUUAGAUUUCACAAUCCAUUCCUUCGAGGUAUAUCGGCGGCGAAACUUAACAUUUGUGUAGUCUCUGCGGGAGAUUUCACGCCGUUUUGUGGACUCUUCGCGGAGCUCGGAUCGUGUUUUUUUUGGUCUUGGCGAAUAAAGAACUGAACCCAACAAGGCAGACAUUCAAGGACCGGUGCUCUGGAAACCCCAGGCCUGCGAACAGCUACCGGGCUUUCCACCGAAAAGACUGUUGGCGGCGGACUUUGCCUCACUCGCACCCCGGUGGUAGAUUGGCUUUGUGCCGGAUGGACUCUCUCGGACGCACAUUGUUAUGUUCAAUCGGACUCUAAAGAACUGACGAGGCACACGACGCCGCUCAAUGGCGCCCUGGCCUCGCGUCUCGCUUAUUUUUUGUUGGCAAUAACAAGGACUCUUUCGCCAUUCUGCGAGCUGAACCCUUCCCCCCCCUACACCCACCUCCUUUUGUCUACAGUGUUUCGGCGAAUAUAAACAACGUUUACACAUUAAAGUCACCAGAUUUAGCUGUGUUCAGUGUUGACGCUGUUUCAUUUUAUCAUACCAGGCCUGUGGUUUUUUUUCUUUUUCUUGUUCUUGAUUGACUUAAGUGCUUAGACCUGUUAAAAUGUCGUGUGUUCACUAUAAGUUCUCUUCCAAACUGGACUACAACACUGUCACUUUCGAUGGGCUGCACAUCACCCUCAACGAGCUUAAAAAGCAGAUUAUGGGCCGAGAGCGCCUCAAGGCCACAGACUGCGACCUGCAGAUCACCAAUGCGCAGACUCGAGAAGAAUACACCGAUGAUGAAAUCCACAUCCCGAAACACUCGUCUGUGAUCGUCCGCCGCACUCCACUUGGUGGCGUAAAACCUGCUGGCAGGACGUUCAUUGUAGAUCGUUCUGACACAGCUGUGGUGGGAUCUUCUAGACCCACUGACUCUUCUCCAUCUAUGUCACUCGCCCAACUCGCCAAGACUGCUAACCUUGUUGAUGCUAAUGCAUCAGAAGAGGACAAGAUUAAAGCCAUGAUAUCUCAGUCCAAUCAUGAAUAUGACCCAAUACAUUACUCCAAGAAGGCAGUAGGACCGCCUCCUGCUCACUAUACCUGCUUUCGUUGUGGAAAGGCUGGUCACUACAUUCGACAAUGCCCCUUGCUGAUGAUCCAGGAUAAGAGUGUGGAGAGUCCCAAGCCAGUGAGGAUUAGUAAGGGCAUUCCUCAGAGCUUCAUGGUGAAGGCAGAGCCUGGCACCAAAGGAGCCAUGUUAACCAGCACUGGAGAAUAUGCCAUACCUGCUAUAGAUGCGGAGGCGUAUGCACAAGGGAAGAAGGAGCGCCCUCCUUUUGUUCCACACGACCAGUCGUCAUCUGAGGACGAGACGGACCCAAUCCCCGAUGAACUCCUGUGUCCGAUUUGCAAUGACCUGAUGACGGACGCCGUGGUUAUACCCUGCUGUGGAAACAGUUACUGCGAUGAGUGUAUAAGGACUGCCUUGUUGGACUCGGAGGAGCACACCUGCUUCACAUGCAAACAGUCCGAUGUUUCACCUGAUAAUCUCAUCGCCAACAAGUUUCUUCGACAGGCUGUGAACAACUUUAAAAAUGAGACGGGAUACACCAAACAUGCUCGCAAGCAGUUACAAAAUGCAGCCCCGCCGCCACCGCGCCCGCAGCUGGUCAGGCACUCAAGACAGCAGGACCCACUGCUGGCCAACAUCACGCACCCUCCUCCUACAAUCGCACCCGCGACUGCCCCUCAAGUACAGGUCCCGCCCCCUGAUCCUGCUCCUGCACCGACAUCGGCUCCUGUGCCUUCUGCGCCUGUCGCUGCUUCCGCUCCUACCCCUCCUCACGCUGCUGCUGUUGAAGAACGAGAAGAUUCACCAGCCCCUCCUCCUGUUGUUGACCGCCACUCCCCUGUGCACUCUGCCGGCCAUGGGGAUCCACCCCCAACGGGUGAUCCAGAACCUAAUGUGACACCGGACUCUUCGGGAACCUCAAACUACCAUGUAUCUCCUUUUGGCCACCCACCACCUAUAAGACCGCCUCAUCCACCAGGUCAUCAGUCACGACCACACCACGUUCACAGAGGAGGCGUCGAUGGCAGACCCUGGGAGAGAUUUUUCAGAGGAAGAGGAGACCACCCCUCCGCUCACCUCCAGCCACCUCCACCUGCACUUAUCCCUCCGGUGUACCCAGCUCCGUCCAUGUACCCGCCCCCGCCCCAGUCCUACCCCCCUCCGUACAACUCUGGCCCAGGCCUUCACCCUCCCGUCAUUGGAUACCAGCCGCAGACCGUUUAUGCUCCUGGACCACUGGGGCUCAACCCGCCCUGGGUAGCCCCUGGUACCCAGCCCCCUCUUAUCCCUUUAACCCCCCUUGGUCAACCCCCCCUCUCAAAAGAAGAUUUCUACAGACAGCGGCACCACCGACAGGACACAGUUACAUCCAAACUGGAUGAAUUUACUAAAGACUUCCACAAAGAGCUGAUGAAAUACAGAAAUGCACCAAAGAGACGAAGACCAUCGUAUUCAAGAUCCCGGUCCUACAGCCGCUCUCCAUUCAGCCGCUCUCCUUACUCUCGCUCGAGAUCAAGAUCCAGGUCUUACUCUUAUUCUCCCAGUCGAUCCCGUUCACGCUCCCAUGGCCGGUCUUAUCCCCGCUCGCCUUAUUCUAGACGCAAUGGGCGCAGCUACGGACGAUCACGGUCCCGUUCCCGGUCAAGGUCUUAUGGGUACCGUCGUUCUGGCUCACCGCGGUCUCCUCAUCCCUACCGGCCAGGAGGCUGGGAGGGAGCAGAAGGAGCAGGACCCUACAGGUCACGGUCUCGCUCCCCUGGCUCCGGCCCCGUUCCAGGCCCUGGAACUGGUCCUGGACCUGGUCCUGGACCCGGUCCUGGUCCUGGCCCUGGCCACGGCCCUGGCCCCGGCCCUGGACCCGGUGGCUUCCGUCCCCGCAGCCCUGGUCAAAGAAAGCCGCCUCCUCGGGAGCUCCCACCGUAUCAACUGAAGGGUCCUAGUCCUGGAGGCAAUGACCGCUGGGAAAGAGAAAGGUAUCGGCAGUGGGAGAAGGAGUAUGCAGACUGGUACAACCAGUUCUACAAAGACUACGACAACCAGCACCCCUCACUGCAUCACAGAGGUCGUGGUAGCAGAGACAGGGAGAGGGACAGAAUGUCCCCUUUAUCCAGAAAUUACUCCCCCCAGGGGAGAGGAAGAAGAGGAAGAGAAAGAGAAGAGAGGGGUGCUCCCCCUAACCAUCCGCCAUCCUCUUCCUCAUCAGGGACGAAGUCCAGCGCUAAACUCCUGAAGACAAAGAAAGUAAAAAAGAGGAGGACUGGGGACGACUCAGAGGCAUCGCAUCAGUCGGUCGACAGAGGUGAUGCGACUCCCGUCAGAGACGAACCAAUGGACGAGAUCCCGUCACUUGUUAAGACGCCUCCCAUGUCCUCAAAGGCUUCGGUCGGAUCUGCAACCUCGAAAGCUCCAGCUUCUAAAAGCUCUGCUGCACCCGUUAAACCCUCAACCAAGUCCACGUCGAAGACUUCGUCUGAUAGGACUAAGAAAGACAAGGGCCAAAAGGUCAAAGCUAAAGUGAAGACGGAGAGCGUGAAGGUGAAGAGUGACAAGGGGAAGAAAAAGCCCGGAGACUGUGUGGUGGUCAAAAAAGAGUCCUCGUCCUCUUCCUCCUCUGGCACGAAACCGCUAAAGACCGUUAAAACCAAACCGGAAGACCCCCCCGACUCUAUCUCUAAAAAGGAAAAGGAAAAGGGUAAAAGCUCUGCAGUGAGGCCAGGCCUGCUGAAGACUCCUCCGCUGUCCUGCCAGAGCCUGUCUAUGCAUCAUCCCUCUCUUCAUGAUGGCCCUCGACAGGGCCAUGACAUCCGGGGGAGAAGAGAUCUUCCGCAGAGUGGUGGUCUCCUGCCCACCCCCCAUCAACACACACUCCUCCACAGACCUCUCUCCCCUGAGAGGAGGAGGAUGGGAGAAGAGGGCCGCUCUUUACUCGGAGCCCCUCCCGGAAAGCUGAGGAGAAUAGACGGGCUCGGCGUCGGAGAUGAUGUCAUCUCCCACUCUCACUUGUCUCAUCAGCUCCCGCUCCACAGACUCCCACCUCCUUCAGACAGGCCGGGUCUUCUUCCCUUACCAGUGAGCCGUGAUAUGGGCCGGGUAGACGCAGACCGAGGCUCCAUCAGACCUCUAAUGGACCUCCAGGUGAAGCCACUGACCCAGAGGAGGAUCAAGUUAAACAGAGACCUGGGGAGGAAGGGCAGCACCGAGAGCGCAGCCACAGACAGGGUACCGUCUGGUUCUGAGAAGACGACCUCUACCUCGGACCGAUCAGCGGCGGCUAACCUCUCUGAAGGAGACCGGCCCAGCAGUACAGCAGAAGGUGCUGUUAGAAAGGAGCGGUCGGCAUCUGCAGAGAGGGGAGUCGGCAGAGAGAGACCGGGAAGUGCUGGAGAGAGACUACAGAGUUCAGAGCAGAGUAGAAGCUCAGGACCGGACAGAGAGCGAGACAGAGCUUCAGGAUCUGACAGGGGCAUGACGUCAUCUGACAGGGGCAUGACGUCAUCUGACAGGGGCAUGACGUCAUCUGACAGGGGCGCGACGUCAUCUGACAGGGGCGCGACGUCAUCUGACAGGGGAGCGACGUCAUCUGACAGGGGCGCGACGUCAUCUGACAGGGUCGCGACGUCAUCUGACAGAGGAACGACAUCAUCUGACAAGGGCGCGACGUCAUCUGACAGGGGCACAACGUCAUCUGACAGAGGAACGACAUCAUCUGACAAGGGCGCGACGUCAUCUGACAGGGGCACAACGUCGUCCGACAGAGGCACAACGUCAACCUCGUCAGACAGGGGAAUGACAUCAACGUCGUCUGACAGGAGCAUGACGUCAUCUGACAGAGGCAUGACAUCAACGUCGUCUGACAGAGGCAUGACGUCGUCUGACAGAGGCAUGACGUCGUCUGACAGAGGCAUGACGUCGUCUGACAGAGGCAUGACGUCGUCUGACAGAGGCAUGACAUCAACGUCGUCUGACAGAGGAAUGACGUCGUCUGACAGAGGCAUGACGUCGUCUGACAGAGGCAUGGCGUCGUCUGACAGAGGCAUGACGUCGUCUGACAGAGGCAUGGCGUCGUCUGACAGAGGAAUGACGUCGUCUGACAGAGGCAUGACGUCGUCUGACAGAGGAAUGACGUCGUCUGACAGAGGCAUGACGUCGUCUGACAGAGGCAUGACAUCAACGUCGUCUGACAGAGGAAUGACGUCGUCUGACAGAGGCAUGACAUCGACGUCGUCUGACAGAGGAAUGACGUCGUCUGACAGAGGCAUGACGUCGACGUCGUCCGACAGGGGCGUGACGUCGGUGUCGUCUGACAGGGAUAGGGUCUCCAGCUCACAUAAAAUAGCAGUUACAGUGGAGAGAGACUUCGAAGGAGAACGGUUGGUGAGGACGGAGCGAAAGUCCUCCAGUGCGGGAGGGAGAUCUGUCUCUCUGGAUAAAAUGACCAUCGCAGAGAAGACAUCCGUCUCUCGGAGCCCGGCCGACCCUCAGGAGAAGCCAAGCAUAUCGUCUAAGGAGAGGGGCGAAGGGUCAGAACGCUCUGCUAAAUCUGACAGGAGUGUGUCCAAGGACAGAACAGAGAGGAGUGUCCCCUCAGAGAAACCAGCUGCUUCUCACAGAGACGCAGUGAAAGAUGCUGAGGAGACCGUUGUGAAGAGCAAACCCAGGAUCAGCCGAAAGGCCCUGACCAGCCACACUGUGAGCUCCACCAGGUCAUCUCAAGAAACAAAGCGAGACUCGGACAAAGAUCAAAAGAGCGCGUCCUCCAAACCGGCCGAGCAGCUCCCGUCGAGCCCCGUGAACAGCCGCGGCCGCAGCCCGAGCGUCAGCCCGGAGCCCGCGGCGGCCAUCGAGGAGCCGCUCAUUCAGCCGCCGCCUCGCUCCAAGUGGGAGAGGGAGGAUGACGAAGAAGGCCAAGAGAACGGACUUGCUGCGCCCAAAGAGCCGUCACCGGUGCCACAGAGGGUCCGGGGCAGAGAAGGGCCGACGGAGGCCCCGAAACCUGUGAGGGGCGAAGCCCGGGAUGCUCCAAGGGAAGAGAGGCGAGGCGCAGUGAGAGAGGAGAGGAAAGGGAAAGCACCAAGGGAAGAGGGCAAAGGUGGCAGGACGGCCCAGACCGCCUCGGACAAACCAACCAAGAUAAAACUCGUUAGGGAGGAGGGGAGAGGAGGUCGAGACGAAGGCAGAGCUGCGGCCAGAGAGGAGGGGAGAGGCGGAGGAAGAGACGAGGGGCGAGCGGCGGCGGCGGCGACGACGGCGACGACGACGACGCCGGCGGCGAAGGAGGAGAGAGCCGCCGAAGGCAGAGGAGGGCGAGAGGAGAGCCGCGGCCUCGAGCCCCGGAGGCAGCGCCUGUGCUCCGACCUCGGCCGCGAGACGGACGAGGCGGCCUUCGUGCCCGACUACAGCGAAGGCGAAGGCUCCGAGACGGAGAGGGGGCGGAGCGGCAGCCGCAGUCUGUCGGGCAGCCAGCCCUCCAGCCCCUCCCAGAGCAACAACAGCGGCUCGGCGGCCGCCACCACCACCACCGCCACCGCGGCGGACAAGAAGAAGAAGAAACACAAGAAGCACAAGAAGCACAAGAAGCACAAGAAGCACAGCGGCCAGGUCAAGGAAGGGGAACAGAAGGAGCACAAGCACAAACACAAGAAGAAGAAACACAAAAAAAGCAAAGACAAAGACGCGGAGGAGGAAGUGGAGGAGGAAGUGGAGGAGGAGGAGGAGAAGAUGACGGAGAAGGCAGAGGAAGGGGCUCCACAGUAACGGGGGGGAGGAAGGAGGAAGGAGGGGGGCUAACUUGUGUUAAUAAGGAGAUGAUGAAUUCUAGAAACAUGGCGCUCUCCUCGACGUCUCCAGACGUACUCGAGGAACUUUGCGGCGCCCGGAUUGCAGCAGCACCACCGCGGGUUUCUUUAAUGUUCGAAGUGCGCCUUUUCUUUGUGACUUUGGGGCAGAGAAAACUGGGAAUUGCAGCUUGGCGGCGCCGCUGCGACGACGGCGGCGGAGCGCACCGAGCGGCGGUGACGGAUCCCCAGCAGUGAAUCCAAGCGAUAGGAAUAACAAACUGAACUCAGGGACGCGGUCGCUCCUGUGCAGAGGAGACGUCGCCGCUCCUCUGAGUGAUUUGUAAAUAGAGACGAGCGGUUGCUUCACGUAAUACUAAUUUCCCCUCGGUUUGAUUUGCUCACAUCUCUGUGUGCCGUUCGAGGUUUAAAUGCAAAACGGCCUUCGUCGCCAUGAGGGUCUUUGUGCGCUCUUUUCUUUUUUGUGUUAAGGACCGUACUCGUGGUUUUGCAUGUUUUAGUACAUUCUGUACAAAUCAUUCGUUCUUUCCAUCACUGCAAACCGUUCUCCAACGUUCCUGAUCAGAUUUCUCGGAAGCCAUUGGUUCCAAUCAUGCCAGUCGUUGUUUUUUCGGGUCCUGUAAAUUGACUUGAAGGCAAACGAAUGUUGUUGAAUAGGUUAGCGAGUUGAUUUUCUUAUAAUAGGAAUGAAAUCCAGAAUGUCUCUUCGUAUUAUUGAUCAGUGCUAAAAACAGACACGAUCACCAGUCCGGUCCUUUUAAAGCUAAAACAAAUGUUUAUGUAUCCAUGCUACACUGGAUUGUGUACAUCUAGGAGGUGUUGAUUAAUGUCUGAUCGGUCGGCAUGUUUUUGUUCCAGCGGUGCAGUCGGUGUCCGUCACGUGGUCGGAGUGACUGAAUGUGUGCGUGUCGGUGUGAAAGUGAAAUGUGACACACGUGGGACAAAUUGGAGGACUACAGUGUUCUUACAAAUGAGUUGUUUUUGUUUUUUUUAAUUAAAAUGUUUUGAUCUCGUAAA